ACACACACGUACGGUACUACGUAAUAAAUUGUGUGUAUAAAAAACGUGCGAUCAUCAUCAAGAGCGCUAUGUUUCAAAGUCAACAAUAUGGUUAACCUUCAGAAAGUUGUUUCUUUGACUUUGGAAAGAAGUUGUUUCAUGUGCAAUUUUCGUCAUUGUCUUCAUGGAUUCAUCGCAUUUACCUUGUGAUAUUUUACUGGAAUAUGCCAAACGAUUAUCAGCUCACGAUGGAUAUAAAUUUUGAUGAUUUUGACUAUGAUGAUUCGCCGGGUUCGGACAGUAACUUCAUUACCCCAGUUGAUACACCUCUGGGAACAGGGAAGAAAGGACAAUUCAAUUCGAGAUAUCAAAGUUUUUCGGGGUUAUCUCAUCAGUCAAGUCGGAGUACAUUAGUUUCAGCAUCAGAUUCCCAGCUUGACGAUGGAGAGAUAGAAGAUGGGGGUAGUGCAAACGUCAGUGUGGUUGUAAGAGUUCGGCCACUCAGUGAGCAGGAAACAAAAAGAGGAGAUCGUGAUGUGGUCCUUGUACAGAACCCACAAAGUCUAUUGGUGGAAGGAGAUAAAAACAAGCAAUUUACUUUUAACCAUGUGUUCAGUGGAGAAGCUACGCAGCAGGAUGUACUGGAUGAGUGUGGUAUGAAGAAACUGGUUGAUAUGGCCCUAGAAGGAUACAAUUGCACUGCUUUUGCCUAUGGCCAGACAGGGUCGGGAAAGACUUUCACUAUUACAGGGCCACAGAAAUCGGAUGGGCUACGUUAUCAGAAUACAACUGCUUGGGGUCUGAUUCAACACUCACUAGUUUACCUUUUUGAUAUGAUCAGACUAAGGCCAAAGGUUUCUUUUUUCAUCAAGACAUCUUAUUUAGAGAUCUACAAUGAACAGGUUAAAGAUCUUCUGAAUCUAACUGGUAAAGAUUCUUUGCCAGUGAGGUGGUCCAAGGAUAAAGGGUUUUAUGUUGAGAAUCUCUUUGUCAUGGAAUGUGAAACACUAGAUGACAUGAUAGCAGUACUUGAAGAAGGUUUGGGUCAAAAGGCAAUAGCAACAAACAAUGUAAAUGAGCAUUCUAGUAGAAGUCACACAAUUAUGUCCAUCUCUAUAGACUCAGAAUUGCCUGAUCCUGAUGAUAGUGAUUUAUAUAUAACCAAGCAUGGUAAGCUUAGCUUUGUUGAUCUGGCUGGUAGUGAGAAGGUUAAGGAGCUGGGCUCAUCUUCAGAAUUACUCUCUGAGACUACUAAUAUCAACAAGAGUCUUCUGACAUUAGGUAAUUGCAUCUCAUCACUGAGUGAUAAUAGAAAGCGAUCAGGUCAUAUCCCAUACCGAGAUAGCAAACUUACCAAACUAUUAGCUGACAGCUUAGGGGGUACAGGAAUUACACUUAUGAUUGCUUGUAUAUCACCAUCAUCUUACUGCCUCUCUGAAUCUAUCAACACAUUAAGAUACGCAGUCAGGGCACGCAGGAUCAAGAAUAAACCUGUUAUUCGAAUGGAUCCCAGGGAAAAGCUUAUCACAAGUUUAAAGCGGGAAGUGCGCCUGCUUCGAUCUGAAAACCAGUACCUGCGCCAAAGGCUUGAAUUCCCUGGUACCGCCCAGCCCUCCUUCAGACCUCGCCAAGAACCCAACAACAACCAAACCCAGGCCAUCCUAAGCAGGGAGGAAUCAUUGAAUGAUGGUGAUCUGACUCCGGUACCUAAUGGGAGGAUGGUAGAGGAGCCAAGGAUAGAGAGGACAGAGGCUCAGAUGGAGGGAUCUAAAGGGAGAGGAGGAGGUAGUAGAGGGAAGAAGGAUCCACCUCCUCCUCCUCCAGUGCAGCAGAGAGAUUCAGCUCAGCCCAAAUCAGCAGCUGAUAAUAGUUUGUAUGAGAUGCUUCAGGAGUACAUGGUUGAGAAUGAGACACUGAGAUCAGAGAAUUCAGACCUUAACUCAGUUAAAGAGAAGGCAAGAAGAGAACAGGACUCCGUUGCUAGAGAGAAUGACAGACUCCUCAAAAAGCUUGAAGAACUAGAACGGGUAUUCACUACAUCACCUUACUCCUUACCGAGCACCUUCAACUCCAGGACAUCUUCGGGCCAGUCCAUCGGUAUGCGGGGUAACAACCAGCCCUCCCCACUGGGUCCACUGCAACACUCACCACCCCUCAAGACCCAGCGCUCACCCCAGGGCCAGUCUAAUGGACUUGAUAAAAGACAGUCUGGGGGUAGUCCUUGGAGACAGCAAUUGGGUGAGCUACCUCCAGUGGACAGCAUUAAGGGCAUCCCGGAUAACUACCGGUCAUCUCAGCAACGUCCACCCAUCCAGAGGGAUGCCCCGCCCACUCAGCGGUCGUUCCCAUCCAUGUCUACCCAGCCACCUCACCAUCCCCCUCCAACCAACCACAGCUACCCCAGGGCACACACCAAUCAGUCAGGUCUGAGCAGUACACAUCCACCUAUUGGUCAUGGCCAUCCUUCUACUCAUCGAGGGUCCAAGAAAGGAAGUGAUAGCCGUGUCUCCAACACCAGCCAGAGCUACCCACCAGCUCCAGGUAGCCUGCAGGCCUCCUACACUGGCUCCAUGGGACCGCUCCAUGAGGAUCAUCAUCAGGCUCCACCUAACGUUGGUAAGAGGGAUACUUCCAUCUCUGUCAGGACCAGUCUCAGCAACCCUUCAGUCAUCAGCAAACCACAGUCUACCAAAGCAGAUAUCUACAUUCCUAGUGUGCCCUCUACUGGCUUAACUAAAGACUCUAGUCCUCUGAGAGACUCAUCAAAUCGUCAUGACCUCCAGACUAUUGAGGAGACCGGGGCCCAACCCCCUUCUACCUUCCGAAACCCACCUCCUCCCAAUGGCCAAGCCAAUAUGGGUGGAAGCCACAGCAAUGUUAGUCUCCGUAAACCCCCAAGCAAACCGGUCUCCACUGCCAAUACUGCAGCUACGGGGUACAGCAACAAGUCUAAGAAGAAUGCUUGGUCUGGUGCAGGGGGAAGUGGUACUGGUGGUGGAGGGGGAGGAGGUGGUGGUGGUGGUGGUGGUGGUGGUGGUCAGCCAAGUAAGACUGCUACAGCAGCAAGCAGUGUACCUAUCAACGUCAUUCCCAAGACGCCAGCCGUAACUCCACCAGCAGUCAAAUACAAACCUCAAGGUAGCAACAAGAUGUUAGCAGCUACUACCAACAAUUUAGAUAUCAACUACAAAGGACCAGACUCUGAUUCAUUGAAGGACCUGAAUCAGAAGUUGAGGGAAGAACUCCAAGCAUUGGAUGGUGAAAUAGAGUACAUGAAGUAUGUAAAUAAGAACAAACCAAAUGCCCCCGCAGGGAAAGGAAAAAGGAGAUAGCAUCAGAGGAUAUUUUAGUGAGAAUUGUCAAAGACUGCGCUCAAUUCUUCUUCAGAGAAUGUGAUGUACUUAUAUGCUGCAAGCCAUGAAGGAGAGGUCGCUUUCUUGAAGUUGGAAGUGCCCAAGCAUUGCCAGGGAUGUGGAAAUACAUGAAGAGGACAUUUUAGAGACUGCAUUAAGAGCUUCCCAAUGAUGACGUCAAAGUUUGGGCCUAUCCAAUGUGCUGCAUACUGGGAGAAGAUAAUGAAAAUUGUGACUUCUUAUAAUGCUCAUGUCGGCUAUUGUUCUCUAGGGGUUCUGCAAUUACUACUCUGACUUAUACAUAGCUACCAAUAAGGUGCUUUUAUAGUAUUUCAAGUAGUAAGUCCUGCCUGGCACCCAGUCACCUCACCUGGGUUGAGUCUGGCAAAUGUCCACUAGACCAUCUUUGAAAGAGAUUGCAUUCCAACUGAAUGAAUUUCAACUGUGAAUAUCAACAAUGUGCUAGAAGAAAUUCAUCCAUAUCUGCUUUGGGGGAUGUGAGAAUGUAGUGUGUCUUGAAUAUGCAUUUUCCCUCACAUGAUUCCAGAAUUGUUGCAAAAAUAGAACCACUACCAUGCACUGUUGCUGAAAUAAGCUUAGAGGUAACAGACCUGAUAUGUAAAAAUGAAAGUUUGCAAAUUCAGGAGAAAUGAGACAAGAUAAUUCACUGAUUAUAAUUACAAAUGUGUGCUACACCUUCAUCUUUUGCAUCAAAAAGGAGCAAUUCAUAUCAUAGUCCAGAAAUGAAAUGAUAUGAUUUAAUUUUUUUUCAUCUCAAUUCUCAUAUUCAAUAAGCAUAUUCUUUGGAAUUGGGGAUAACUAAAAUUUUAUAAGUUAAGCUCUAGUAGGGCUAUUUUAUGAAACAAGGUUCAUUUUCUUGUAAUAAGGGAGACAUAUCUCGUACUCAUUUAUACCAGGCCUCCACUGUGGUUGAUAAUAUUCAUGCAGAUGUUUAUGUCUCCUUGUUUCAAGAAUGAAAUGUGGAAUUUGAAUCUACUACGUCUGUUUUUAGACAUAUUAUUUAAAAAUAAUACAGGUGCCUCAGCGGGCAAAAUUGUUAUGUUUUUCCUAAUUUUUAUCUUUAGUGGUAUUACUUUAAUGAAUUUACAAAAAGGAUUUUCCUCUUCAAAUUAGGAACAAUUUAUAUCUACAUGUAAAAACUGGUGUUAUAGUGAGCAAAUUCGCAUUUUGCUGAUUUAUAAUUCAUACAUGUGCAAUGCUGUAUUGUUAGAAAACCGUCCAAUAUAGAGCAGAAUUCAAGAAAGUGCUGUGUGUAUUUUGUUAUUGUAGGUAACUUCUGCUAUAUAUAUGUAUUUUUUUGUUUCAUCUGUGCAUUAUACACUUUUUCAUCACUCUUUGAUCCCUUUUCCCCUUGAAAUAGUAAAACCUUGAUUAGUUCCGUCCAUCAUUGCUCUUUGGAAUGUACAUCUAUGUCUUUCAUCCCAUUCAUAUAUAUGCUACAGAAUAGAGGUUUAGAUACAAAUCUUUUCCUGUAUACGUACAUGUACAUGUAGCUAUUUUAAAUAUAACUUGUUUUAUAUUAAUUUGCAUUGUAUCAUCUUGAGCUAUAAGUAGUAUAAGAUAAUGAUUACUUAACAUUACAUUUUAAUAAUAUUGCUUAAUUCAUUCAUUUCAUAAUACUCAACCAUUAUUGUUAUGCCACUCCUUUGAAUAAAUCUAGAUAUUAGAAGUAGCCCCUAUGGAGAGGCAACUUCACUGGCAGCUUUAAACUCUUUAGGCUAACAAAUUUGUACACUUUAUGAAGUGCUGAAAAUAAUUGUAGACCUGUUAAAUUCACUUUUUAUGUGAUUCAAAUGAAUGAGUAGGAACAAUAACAAAUCCACAUUUUAAGAGAUUUUAUUUUGCAAAAAUAUAUACUCCAAUAACUUGCAAAUUAAUGGCGAUGAGAGUAUGCACUAUUUUGGAUAAUGAAAGUUUAAUUAGAACAUACUGACUGGUAUCUGUGCUAAAUCAAAUCUGUUGAAACCACAGAAAUCUGUUCAACUGUAAAAUUAAAUUGUGUUUUGUGUAAUCUGGGUCCUGUUUCAUAUACACUUGUUAUAAUAAGUGCACAAUUUAUAUUUAUAACAAGCUUACUGUUAGCCAAUUGAAUCAAAUGAUUUCAGUAGAUUUCAUCUGUUAUUACACAUUUGUUAUUGUAACAAGUUUUGUGAGACAGACCCCGGGUCUGAAAAUUACUUGACUUCUAAAAAAGGCAAAUAUUUGACACCUUUUAUUAGAAUGAUAAGGGAUAAAAUACAGUAACGUGCAUUUAGGAGUAGAAAAGACACCUGCUUGUGACUUUUUUAAGGGGGGGGGGGGGUAGGUUCAUUAUCUUACCAAAGAACACAAGAAAUAUAUUAUGAUUUAUACUUGUUCUUGUCUGGUUUGGAUUAGAGCUUCCCCUUCCACUCAAAUGUAUUGCGUAUUUGUUGAGGGUGUUAUGUAUGUGUACCCAUGAAGAAUUUUAUUGAUAAGAAAAUUGAAAGAAUAGAUAGAAUACAUAUAGAAAGAAUAUUUAAAUAUACACAUGUAUCAAGUUAAAUUCUAUAAGCCAGUUCGUAGUUCCAUUCUGCGCAUGAUCAGAAGAUUCUGCGCAUGAUCAGAGAAAGGUCGUUUGUACUAAAGUGGCAUGGUGGUUUAAAAUUUAAUGAGAUAAGCACCAACUUUGGUGUCUUGAUUAUUCAUAUAUCUUUUCAAUUGUGUUUUUCAUUGGCAUCCACAAAGAACAAAAAUGCGUCCACGACUGGUAUUUCACUGCAGUUUGCCAAGUACAUUGUGCAACAUGCUAUAAUAUGCAUUCAAAGUAGAAAUGCAACAAAUACCUUCAUGGAGUCUUCAAUAGUGUGCUAUUCUAGUCACCUGGUAUAAUUCAAUUUCUUCAUCCUGCUAUGUAAGGCAUGCAUAUGUUAUAUCCUGCUUUGAAAUCUGCCUAUCAUAAUGAAAUAAAUGAAAGGUCAUUUGACCAAAAUUGUCCCUGAUGUAACUACGAACUGGUCUAUUGCGCACUGUAUUGAUAAUAGAUUCCACAUAAUAAUGAGGAUAUUUUAAUUUGAUAUCUAUUGUAUUAUGUUAUUAUGAAAUUAACAAAGGUUUAUAUAAGUUGUAUAUAGCAGUAUCUAUUGCCGAGCAUUAAAAGUAAUGGGAUUUUGUAAAGGUUAUGAUCCAGAACAAGCUCACACUUUCAAUUUGCUGCUACAUUUAUAUAUAUGUUUUGCCAUAGCCAUGAUAAUUUUUCUGAAAUAUUGUAUUUCCAAAUUUAUUGCCUGCCACCUAAAAACACAAGGAGAGCCAAUGCUAUCAAUAAUUUGAGGAUAACAGAGUAUUCUGAGUUACUGUUCCAUUAAAAAGUGUAAUAUUAAAAGUAAGUGAAAUAAACAUGUACGUUAUAUUCCAUCAAAUACAUAGUCAUCUAUAUUGCUAUCUAUAUGUUUUAUGCACUAUAGAUCAAUAAUUGAUAUAGAUUGAUAAUGCCUACAUGUGGAUGUGUAUCAUUACGAUCAGUGCUAAGCGUAUCUUUCAUUCCAUUUCAUAUACAGUCCGACCUCUCUUAUCCGGACACGUUGGGACUAGCACCAAUCCGGAUAAGGGAUUUAUCCGGAUCUGGGAGACCCAAUAUUAAAUACACGCAGCUGCGCUGCUGGCUGCCUCCCCAGGCCAACGGCGAUAGCUACACGUUAUCCAUUGUAGUGGGCAUACAAGACAGUAUUCACUGCAGUGUCAGUGCAAAUUAUAGGUGGUAUUUUUACGGAAAUGAAAUCGAUCGAUGGCCAAAACUGUUGGAUAAUUUACAUGCUAAAAUUAUUGAGGUAUACAUCGAAAGAAAGAGAAUGACUCGAUAAAACUAAGUUUUACAAUUAGAUCAUUGUGGCGGGUAUCGCAGCUUCGCAAUGUCAGCCAUUGUUACACUGACUGUCGGCUCAAACAUGAUAGAUGGCACUGUCCGUAUUGAGGCAUUACGUUUAGCGAGACAUGUGUUGUUUUUCUCUGGAAGCAAAAAGAGAAACAUGAUGAAAUGUUUCCGCUGCGCCCUGAUUUACUGGAAAUUAUCAUGCCUAAGUUCUUUCGGUGAUUUGGGUGAGAUAUUUUCAUGAAAAAUAAUUUUGUUGUAGGUAGACUAUAUUGGAAAAUAUAUGUAACCAAAGUGAGUCUGCAUAUAGAAUUGAGUUUAGAUUGAAAUCUCAUUUCCUCACGUACUAGGUUGAAGAAAAAAAAAUUCGGCAAGUGUGCGUUCGGAUAAUAGAUCCGGAUAAGGGGAGGCCGGAUAAGAGAGGUCGGACUGUACCUCUUAUUUGUAUGAGUAAAUCUAUCACAUCAAUGUAAAUUAUUAUGCUCAUUUAUUUUUUUGUAACACUAAUAUUGAAAGAAUGGCAAGGUCAUAGCAGAUAUCUUCAUUCACAAUUACAUACGAAACAUUGCUACACAAAAGUUUUAUAAGUAGGUGUUACUUCAGAUACUGCAAAUAUAAAACAGGUUGAAUUAUAUAGCAUAAGUUGUGAAAAGUUAAGUUGAUCUUUAGCUAUUUUGACUUUUACCACUAAUGUCAACAUUGUCUCACACUACUAUGGCUAAAAGUUUUGGACCACCAAUUUGGUCAAAUUUUCAUCCAGUUUAAAGGUCAAGUCCACCUCAAUGAAGAUUUGAAUCAAUAGAGACAAUCAAAUGAGUAAGCACUAAAAAUUUCUCUGAAACCCAUUUUGAAAUAGGAUAGAUAUGUCCGUGACGUUUAAACAUUCUAUUUGCACAAGACGGUGAUAUGCUCAUCAUGGGGUGUAUGUGAACGAGGGAACCGAUUUCUAAUGUACUUUAUUACAUGCAAUAUCAAACAUAUAAAUUCUUUCCUCCAAUGAUAAAUUUGGAGGAUUUCUGCAUGAACUAUUUAAAAUCAUCAGAAGUUAUCAUUUGGUUGAGAUCCACUAUAUUUCCUGUUAUAAAAUACAAAGGAACUGUGUGUGUGACAUUAUUGGCCCCACAUUUGGAUACUGAGUGGGAUGUUCAUAUCACAAAUUUGAGAAAAUACCCAGUAAGCAAAAUUUAAAAUGUGUUAACCUAUUUUUAACGAUUUGAGUAGACUUUAAGUGCUAUUUCCAUGUGAUUUUCCACUACCUAUUCAAAUCAACUUGCUGUUUGUUUGGACUUGGUCUGUGAAAAUUGUAACUGUAUUCUCUAUGUACUGAAAUGCCAAAUUAAAUGAUGUAAAAAAGGUUGAUUAUUUAUUGGAAUUGUCCCACAUGCAUUCAACUAAGUGGAACUUGGAGUCUCCAAAGCAGUUAUGUGUAUAUAUCUGAAUGAAUUUUUAAAAAUUAUUCAAUAAAAUUUCAAUAGCCAGUCUUCCGGAGGAGAAUGAGAAAUGGCAGUCUUUUGUCCCAAUUCAGCCAUAACCCGAGAAUUUAAAUGUGAUAGACUAUUUUUGUAUAAAAAAAAGAAGCUAAUUUUGCUGAUGCUUAUAACACGUACCACUUAAUAUCCAAUAUGGAAAAGGCUGAAUACAUUUCACAUAUCACUCUAGUUUAUGUAGGUAGGCUCUUGAUGUCGGUGCCUAUUCAUUGAUUGCAUAUUAUGGGUAAUGCAAUCAAUACAAAUAAAUAAGCACUAAUACUAUUAUGUCUAUUAUUCAGGUAGUUGCUGUUUUUGCUUUGUCUGAAUUAUGUUAUGUUUGGGUUUUUGUGCAGUUCUUCUGAUUUGUCAAGUUUCCAUUAAAAUCUCAUUGUUUUUUAACUAUAUAAAUUUUCAUUCAUCUUAAUUUUUGAAAGCAAGCUAGAUAGCUCUUUGUGCAAUUUGAACCAAAUGAGCUUUACUAAACAAAAUAUGAAUACCAUAGUUUGUUUAUAGGUAACAAAUAUAGUACAUCUAUUAAAAUUUGUAUAUUUUUAUCAUAAUUUGAGUCAUUCCUAUCAUUUUUGUACAUGUACUUCUGUGAUGAAUAUUUACAUGUACAUCAUGUAUGUGCAGUGUUGAAAUAUACCAAUAACAAUGUAAAAUAUGUACAUACAGAGUGAAACAAGAUAUUUAUAUAUUUAUAUUUUGAAUUUGUUGGAGAAACAAAUGCAAGUGUGUAUAGUUUGACAUGUACGUGUAAUGUAGAUAGGAAUAUUUUCUCAGAACACUAAAUAAAUGGCUUGCCAAAGGAAAAAAAAUACAU